AUGUCGUACGCCAGUCGGCAGUCGCAGUCCAAAGCGCAAAACGAGGCCAACGCAAAAACCUUACGGGCACUUGUCAAACAACCUGAGAACAAGAUAUGCGCCGAUUGUAAACGAAACGACCCAAGAUGGGCGUCAUGGAAUCUCGGUUGCUUUCUCUGCAUCCGAUGCUCAGGCAUUCACCGGAGCAUGGGCACACACAUCAGCAAAGUGAAGUCAAUCGACCUGGAUAUCUGGACGCCAGAACAGAUGGAAUCGAUCCAGAAGUGGGGUAACAAACUCUGCAACCUGUACUGGGAGGCUCAUCUCAAGGCUGGGCACGUUCCCCCGGAGCACAAGAUUGAGAGUUUUAUCAGGAGCAAGUACGAGACCCGGCGGUGGGCAAAGGACGGGCCACCGCCGUCAGAUCCCAGUGUGCUCGAUGGAGGUGCCCCGGUGCCAUCGUCCUCCACUACAAGGGGUUCAGGGUCUACAAGCCAACCACAGCAGCGUGCUGUUAAGCCGGCUAGCGCCGUCGACCUCUUGGGUGGCGAUGCACCACCACCACCUUCGCAAGCUACUACGUCGCUCAGCCAGCCUUCGGCUCGCCAGCCUUCGAAUCUGCUAGAUGAUCCGCCUUCGAACAACGGGCGUACUACUUCUGGCAACAUUCGUUCUCCUACGUCACCGCCUGCCCCUGCCGCACCUCCCAAGACCCACACAGCUCCCUCACCGGCAGCAGCGGCAGCGCCCAGUGGUGGGGGCGGAGGAGGCCUCUUCGACCUCGACUGGCACUCUGGGCCAACCUCUCCCCCUGCUGUGAGCUCGCCCACAGGCGGCGCUAAGGGCAAAAACGACAUUCUCUCUCUCUUUUCGUCGGCAACUCCUGCUCCAGCGCCUCCUCUACAGCAGCAGCACCAGCAGCAGCAGGGCGGCUUUGGCGGACUGGAUGCUUUUGGCGCGAUGAACCUGGGAGGGGCUCAGAGUCAAGGUCCUGCCAGAGCAGCUCAAACGCAGAGUAGCAGUGGUCUGUUUAGCACGCAGGACGUCUGGGGAGCUCCGACUUCAGUGCAACAAUCGCGGCCACAGGCCCCAACUACCACUACCGCCACCACCACUACCUCUUCUUUCGGAGGAGGGGGUUUCGGGGGAGACGACAUUUGGGGAGACAUGACCAGCGGCGCCAAGGCCACCGCCACCCCAUCCUCAGCGACGACGGCACCGAAGAAGGACGACGCAUUCGCCGACAUCUGGGGAGACUUCAAGUAA